UGUAGUGAGUGUGGUGUGCUUGAAGUAACAGCACAGCCUCCUCCUCAGUUAGUGAAGGGGCCAUUGUGGUAGGCAGCCAGCUGCUCUCCUUUCUCUCUGGUAUCGUUGACGGUUAAUGAGAUUAGCUGCCUGUCUAAGCCUGCGUCAGUGCAAAGGGGUCAAUCACAGGAUUAGCACCUUGCUUAAGAGUUACAUCAGUUUAUCAUUUUUAUUUUCUUCAUUACUUUGACUUUCCCCACUACAACCUCCAUAGCAUGUUUAGCACCUGCAAUUGCAAUAUAGUUGCUGCGGGGGAAUAUUGUAGCACAUCAUGCUGCCUUGGGACUGAGUCCGUCUCGACCAUCAGCCACUGAAUGAAGAAUCUUCCGGGGGACGAAGAGGAGCAGUGGGAGCCAGAGAAGUGAAGGGUAGCCGGGCCAAAAUCUUGCCUGCUGUGGCAGAGUCCUAGACUCUGGACAAGUCAUCCUCAUGCCACUUGUAAAUAACAAAGUGGGUAAUGACUGCACAGCUGGCGCAGACAAGAAUUUGGCUGAUGGAAGGGCACUGGUGGAUUCUGUGAUAAAGGUGGUAGCAUGUUACCGGCAUUUGGCCUCAUGUGCCGGUGGCUGCACAGACAGCUUGCAGCUGAGGGACGAGUUGAGACAGACACGAGAAAAGGCCCUAACGUUGGCUGAGGCCAUCUGUCGUCAUCUAACCUCACAUCUCCGGGACAAGACCCUGCCUGAGGACCAGCGCAAGGAGAUGGAGCUCCUCUGGGUGGCCUUCACCUCCAGUCUAGAGCUUCUCCAUGUUGACAUGUGCAAGGUUUUCAACAUAGGUGACACCUUCUCCCUGACUAACACUGCUUCAUUGGUGCAAACUGGCCUACAAGGAGGAGGCAGUGAAGUAGCAGCUCGUGCACUCAGUUUGGCAGACCUGAACCAGGAGCCUCCAACCCUUCCCGCUGGCCUCGAGAGCCAGGAGCAGAGAGCCAUGGAGCAGGAAAUCAGCCAAAUUGACCACAUGAUUGAUGACAUGGAGAAGAAAGUGAACGUGUUGCGCUGGAUGGUGGAGCCCCGGGGGCCACAGUACGCGGACCCGCUGAGCAGCACUGAGAGCGCCUCCCUAGCUCUGGUCAGUGUUGAUGAGGAGCAGCCUGGACACGAGCCUCUAUUCCAGCGCAGUUUCAUCUUUGUGCUCUUAUUGCUACUUGCUGUUGUUUUGGUGGCAGCCACUUUGUCUGUCUGUCUUGUCCUUUUUUCAUGAACAAAACCUUAAUAUAAUUUUUUUUUUUUCCUGUGCAACCUCAGAAAGGCUCACUAUUACUGUAACAAUGGCAAGCUUUGCAGGUGUAGUAGUGUUCUCUUAACUAUGCUCUUUACAAAAAAAAAAGGUACCUUUUUAUAAUUGCGACUAAUUUAUUAGUAUAUAAGAUAUGGUUCUACACAUGCUGAAAUCUGGAUGCAAGCCUGUUUGCCAUUUCUUGCAGUGAAUCCAAAGCUGCCAUAUACUUGUUCAAUAACACAAAGUACCUGACUGCCUGUUAUGAUAGAUUUAUUUUAAUUGUACAAUUGUAAAAAGAUGGCACCAACAUUGUUCUGUACUUUUUCCUGACUAGCUUGUGAUCCACUAAAGCAGCCAGAAAGGCACUUUGUUCCUUAUUGCAAAAAGACAUAUGUGCAAAUGCUUGUUAGUUAAUACGAUCAUUUAUUUUAUAUAUAAUCUGUGCUGUAGAGAACUGAUUAGUACAAUUAUACAAUAUAAAAGUAUCAACUUUGAUAUGAAA